UUUCUACCCGCUUUCUACCUCUGCUCAAAGGCUCUUUAAAUCAAAUACCUUUCUGAGUCCUCCUUGCGUCAGCAUGGACGAUCUCGAGUCCCUGGAGCUCUUUUCCCUCGUGUCGAAGGUAACCACGGAGCUCCAAAACCAUCUCGGGGUCAACGACAAAACCCUCGCUGAGUUCGUGAUCGACCAACAUUUAAAAUGCAGCUCGUUUGCGGAAUUCAAGCGUGCACUCGAUGAAAUCGGAGCCGAUUUCCCUCAGAGCUUGAUCGAGAGUAUAGAUCGUCUAGUCCUGACGCUGCACCCAAAAUUCAAGGGUAAACAAAAAGAAUCCUCCAGGGACAAUGAACAAAAUGGCAAAGACGAGGGGUUGGAUGAACUUGAGAGGAAAGCGCGUGUUUUUAAAGGUCUAGCGGUCCCUGAUAAGGUGCCACAGUGGGAAGACGAUGAUACGACACCUGGGGGACCAGCAUCGACGGACGUUGCGACUGCGGGCGCGAUGGAUGAUACUUUUGCGAUGUUGGAAGGUUUGGCUGGAAAGGCAAGAGACCGCAAAAGUACGACGAAUACCAGGAAGCGAAGCAGGAGCCCAGGUGGUGAUGAGUACGAUGGGGGCAAAUCGCGGAGGGACAGGUACCGAUCGAGGUCCAGAUCACGGAGCGCAGAACGGUCACGGCGAAAACGAGAUGAUCUGGAUGAAUUUGGCAGAGCUGUUACGAGAACUAGGGGCAGAGAUGAUAGGUACGCCAAUGGCUUUGGUGAAAGCAGGAGGCGGCGGGAUCGCGAUGACGAGGAAUAUUUCAAACGACCCCCAACACCUGAACUAGACGACCAACCUAUUCUCUUCAAAAUCUACGACGGGAGGGUCACAGGGAUAAAAGACUUUGGCGCAUUUGUGAACCUCCUAGGUGUGAAGGGGAAAGUUGAUGGACUCGUUCACGUAUCCGCGAUGCAAGAUGGCGCACGAGUUAACCACCCAUCUGACCUUGUGUCGAAGGGCCAACCCGUAAAGGUGAAGGUCAAUACUAUACAGGGGGCUCGAAUCGGCUUAUCUAUGAAGGAGGUUGAUCAAGUUACUGGUCGUGAUCUCGCCCCGCAAAACGGCUUGCUUCCGGUGCCAAUAUGGAACGACUUAACGGAACUGGCUCUGAUGACCGCUACGGGAAUCUCAGCACCCCUGUUCCCAUCAUUGAAGAUGACGAGGGCAGGCCUGUGAGAAAUCGAAAACUCUUGAAUUCUCCGGAAAGAUGGGAAAUAAAGCAACUCAUUGCAUCGGGCGCCGUUUCCGCGGCAGAUUAUCCAGAUAUUGACGAGGAAUACCACGCUACCCUUACGGGAGAAGGCGAUUUUGAGGAAGAGGAGGAUGUGGAUAUUGAAGUUAGAGAUGAGGAACCUCCGUUCUUGGCUGGCCAGACGAAGCAAUCCCUUGAACUCUCUCCUAUUCGUGUUGUUAAGGCUCCGGAUGGCUCACUCAAUCGUGCUGCUAUGGCUGGGACCAAUUUGGCCAAGGAAAGAAGAGAGCUACGACAACAAGAAGCUCAAGACAAGGCUGCCGAGCAAGCUGCGGGAGUGGAUCUCAAUGCCCAGUGGCAUGACCCUAUGGUUGCACCAGACGAGAGGAAGUUCGCUGCGGAUCUGCGGAAUGCCCAAGUCACGAAGACAACGGAUACAAUGCCGGAGUGGAAACGGGUGACGCAGAGCAAAGACCAAUCUUUCGGGAGGAGGACAAACAUGACGAUGAAACAGCAGCGCGAAAGUCUUCCUGUUUUCAAAUUCCGCAAACAGUUACUGGAAGCCGUGAAGGAAAACCAACUUCUAAUUGUUGUUGGCGAUACCGGCUCUGGUAAAACUACGCAGCUAACCCAGUAUCUCGCUGAGGGUGGAUUUGCAAACAACGGCAUUAUUGGUUGCACUCAGCCCCGACGUGUAGCCGCGGUCUCCGUCGCGAAGCGUGUUUCAGAAGAAGUUGGUUGUCGUUUGGGCGCAGAAGUUGGAUACACCAUCCGAUUUGAAGACUGCACCAGCCCCGAGACGAAGAUCAAAUACAUGACAGAUGGUAUCCUCCAGAGAGAAAUUCUUCUUGAUCCUGACUUGAAGAAAUACUCGGUUAUCAUGUUGGAUGAGGCUCACGAGCGAACUAUCAGUACUGAUGUUCUAUUCGGCCUCCUCAAAAAGACCAUUAUACGACGGCCUGACUUGAAGAUUAUCGUUACCUCAGCUACUCUAGACGCUGAUAAGUUCUCUGAAUAUUUUAACAUGUGUCCCAUCUUCUCGAUCCCGGGACGAACAUACCCUGUGGAAAUCAUGUACUCGAGGGAGCCAGAAUCGGACUAUUUAGAUGCAGCUUUAGUCACAGUGAUGCAGAUACACUUGACAGAACCCGCCGGAGAUAUCCUAUUAUUCUUGACUGGUCAAGAGGAGAUCGAUACGGCCUGCGAAAUUUUAUACGAACGAAUGAAAGCGCUUGGGCCUAGCGUUCCUGAACUGAUUAUUUUACCCGUCUAUUCUGCUCUUCCUAGUGAGAUGCAGAGCAGGAUUUUCGAGCCUGCACCCCCUGGAAGCCGGAAGGUUGUCAUCGCCACAAACAUUGCGGAAACAUCAAUUACAAUAGACCAAAUAUACUAUGUUGUUGACCCGGGCUUUGUAAAGCAAAAUGCUUAUGACCCAAAACUUGGAAUGGAUUCCCUCGUUGUAACACCCAUUUCCCAAGCACAGGCGAAGCAGCGAUCCGGACGAGCAGGAAGAACGGGACCUGGUAAAUGUUUCCGUCUCUACACUGAAGCAGCGUAUCAAUCGGAAAUGCUUCCAACCACUGUCCCCGAAAUUCAACGUCAGAAUCUCUCACAUACGAUUCUCAUGCUAAAAGCCAUGGGCAUCAACGACCUUCUUCACUUCGAUUUCAUGGACCCUCCCCCAACGAAUACUAUGCUUACGGCACUUGAGGAACUUUACGCCCUCUCCGCUCUUGACGAUGAAGGCCUUCUAACUCGGUUAGGAAGAAAAAUGGCUGACUUCCCCAUGGAGCCGGCAUUAGCCAAAGUGCUAAUCGCCUCCGUCGAGAUGGGCUGCUCAGACGAAAUGCUCAGUAUCGUCGCCAUGCUUUCAGUACACAGCAUUUUCUAUCGGCCCAAGGAAAAGCAACAACAAGCGGAUCAGAAAAAGGCCAAAUUCCACGACCCCCAUGGCGACCACCUCACCCUUUUAAACGUCUACAACGGAUGGAAGAAUUCACGUUUCAGCAGCCCUUGGUGUUUUGAGAACUUCAUACAGGCGCGGCAGAUGCGGCGCGUGCAAGAUGUGCGCGAGCAACUGGUCACCAUCAUGGAGCGCUAUAAACACAAAAUAGUCUCCUGCGGGCGAAACACGACAAAGGUCCGGCAGGCGCUCUGCUCAGGAUUCUUCCGGAACGCGGCUCGUAAGGACCCACAGGAGGGUUAUAAGACUUUGAUCGAGGGCACACCUGUCUACAUGCAUCCCAGUUCCGCGCUAUUUGGUAAGGCCGCUGAGCAUGUCAUAUUCCACACUUUGGUUCUUACGACGAAGGAAUAUAUGCAUUGUACUACAAGUAUAGAACCAAAGUGGCUCGUUGAAGCAGCGCCCACAUUCUUUAAAGUUGCGCCAACCGACCGUCUCUCGAAGCGGAAAAGGGCAGAACGAAUCCAGCCUCUCCACAACCGUUUCGCAGGCGACGAUGACUGGCGGUUAUCCGCGCAAAGACGCCAAGGAAGAGGUGGUGGCGGUGGAACUUGGGGUUAAUAAAGAACCGUGUCUUGUUUACAUUCCUUCUCAUGUCCGUCUCAUAUGGGUUAUAUUAUUUGGCAACGCCUGACGUAUGUAAUUACUAUAUACACCUACUUUUCUUUUUUCCCACUCCUUUUUUUGGCGUUGUAACUGGGAAAACAGCUAGCUGAACGCUGGCGCUGUUGGUUUUGUUCUUUAUCUUAGUUUGAUUUGUACACUUGAUGAAUUUGCUUUCAAGGGGUGGUAAACAGGUACUUUAGUUACCCUAAUUAGACGGGGGUAUUUAAUAGAAAAGUGGACCAUUCUUCUACUUCCUCGUCAUCCUAUUUGCUC